CGCAUAGAGCAACACGCCUAGCUUUUCCCAAAGUAAAAUUUGGGACUCUCUCUUGGAAGUGGAACGACCAAGCUCGACUAGCCAUACGUAGCGGCUUGAGUCAGACAGCAAGGCUGGCAGUCAGUCGUCGCCUCGGUGGUGCCUCAGUGGCAACACCGAGUAACGUAUGCAGCAAUACACCAAGCGCGCGGGCUUAGUGCACGAGUUGACUCGUUCAUAGCCCAGUGCCGCCCUAACGGAAAAUCCAUGUCGCAUUCAACGCGCGAUCUUCAUGAUGAAGAGCGGCGUUCGUGCAGCUUUUCAGCCGUGCCUUGCACCCGGAUUUUAUUCUUUCGUAGCGCGAUCGCGGGCCACGAUAAUUGAAGGCUGUGGCCACCACCAAUAUCCCCCGGAAGCUGCAGAGAAAUGGUUGACUCAAGUACAACGCGGCGACGUGUUACAUGCUGUUGCAUCAAUGCCAACUGACCUGGGUCGACCCGAAAGCGUCGCUGGAGGACGCGCGCGCCCGUGUGAGCUCUUGACCCACAUUGUCGACCGUCUAUCUAGCGUUUUUAUUUUUUCGGUUCAGAUACAUAGCAACAUCACUUAAGCCCCAUUGGCAUUGUACGCCUACAGGCUCGCCGCGUGGAUUUCGGCGCGGCUCAAUCGCCGACAUGAUGUCGUUGCUGCCACGCUGCAACGCUCCAAGGUAGCGGGACACGAUCGGACGAUAAACUAGGGGUCGGACCUGAGGUGAUGGGGCAAGUAUACUUUAUCCAAG